AUGACUGACGGCAAACCUCGAGCAAUACUGGCCCGAGUCGAUAACUUCCCCGAGCACAAGUUUGCAACGCCUUCGAAGAAAAUCAACGACGGCGAUGACUUGAGCUUUUUCUUUGCCUCGACGGCUUACAGUGAUCUGACGAAAUGGCUUCUUCAACUCAAUCGAGUCGUCUUUCCAACAAAGCAUCAAGAUGGCAGCAUUGAGACAUGCGUCCUAGACUCGUCAUUCAAGUAUCCAGAAAGCGUACAAAGGGUUCGAAAUAUCCUUCGGAGCUUAUCGAAUCUCUUUCAAGACGCGCCCCCAGACACAGGGCCGAGACGAUUCGGAAAUGUCGCGUUUCGAAAGUGGUACCAGCUGGCAGAAGAGAGUGCUUCUGAACUCCUCCAGGUUCAUAUCUUGACUUCACCAAGUUUAUCCGCCAUCAGUGACGAGCAAAAGGAGGCUUUACGCAAUGAAUUGGAGGCGUAUCUGUUAGGAGGGCUGGGAAGCGCUCAGCGACUGGAUUACGGCACAGGACACGAGCUAAGUUUUCUCGCAUUCCUUGGAUGUUUGUGGAAAUUGGGUGUCUUUAACGAUGGUGAAGAGCGAGCCAUCGUGGUUGGCAUUAUUCAACCGUAUCUCGAUCUCAUAAGAAGAGUCAUCUUGACAUACACGCUGGAACCAGCGGGAUCACACGGCGUAUGGGGACUCGACGACCAUAGUUUCCUCCCAUACAUCUUUGGUGCGGCGCAGCUAGGGCCACCCAUUCCUUUCGACCACUACUCAACGCCAGUGCCUACAGAAGGUUCAUUGCGGUCUGCGCCUUCUCCAUCCUCUGUUACCCACAAGAAGAUGGUCGAGGACUUCAAAGACUCGAACAUGUACUUCUCAGCAAUUCAGUUCAUCUACGACGUCAAGAAAGGGCCGUUCUGGGAGCAUUCUCCGGUUCUUUACGACGUCAGCGGAAUAAAGGAUGGAUGGGGCAAGAUCAACAAGGGAAUGUUGAAGAUGUAUGCUGCAGAGGUGCUGGGGAAGUUUCCCGUCGUGCAGCAUUUUCCAUUCGGAAGCUUGUUCAAAUGGGAGAGAGAUCCGACAGCACAGCAAAGCCCAGCAUCUAUUCACACACAGCAACAACCGACUGCCAUGCAAAGCAAAGACGUUCCACCAGUGCCAUCGACCGGGACGGCAGCGCCUUGGGCGAGACCGGCAGGAACUGCCAUGCCUCAGAUGCAAUCAAGUACCGGAAUGCCAACGACACGAGCUCCAUGGGCGCAGACUGCUGCUCCAGGUCGAUCAGCAGGCCAGAACGGAACUUCUUCCAUACCAAGCACAAGUGCGCCUUGGGCAAACAGAGACCGACCACGAUGA